UUGCACUGGGACUCUGGGCCGGCAGGGGCGGAGACACGCAGUGCGCGCGACCGGAGGCGGAGCGGCGGUGGCUGCUGAGCGGGAGCCCGGGGUGGGCUCCAGGUAAGCGAGACGCUGCGCAGUGCGGAGCCCGCUGGCCGCCGCAGAGCCAUGGAGAUCGGCACCGAGAUCAGCCGCAAGAUCCGGAGUGCCAUUAAAGGGAAACUGCAAGAAUUAGGAGCUUACGUGGAUGAAGAACUUCCUGAUUACAUUAUGGUGAUGGUGGCCAACAAGAAAAGUCAGGACCAAAUGACAGAGGACCUGUCCCUGUUUCUAGGGAACAACACAAUUCGAUUCACCGUAUGGCUUCAUGGUGUAUUAGAUAAACUUCGCUCUGUUACAACUGAACCCUCAAGUCUAAAAUCUUCUGAUACCAAUAUCUUUGACAAUAAUGUGCCUUCGAACAAGAGCAGUUUCAGUCGGGGAGAUGAGAGAAGGCAUGAAGCUACGGUGCCUCCCCUUGCUAUUUCUAGCACUAGACCCGAAAAGAGAGAUUCCAGAGUUGCUGCAAGUUCACAGGAGCAGAAAACAAGUAAUCUGAGACAAACUUACGAUGAUGGAGCUGCAACCCGAUUAAUGUCAACAGUGAAACCUCUCAGGGAGCCAGCGCCCUCCGAAGAUGUGAUUGAUAUUAAGCCGGAACCAGAUGAUCUCAUUGAUGAAGACCUCAAUUUUGUGCCAGAGAAUCCCUUAUCUCAGAAAAAACCUACAGUGACUCUUACAUACGGUUCUUCUCGCCCUUCUAUUGAGAUUUAUCGACCACCUGCAAGUCGAAAUGCAGAGAGUAGUGCUCAUUUAAACAGGUUGCAAUUUCAGCAGCAGCAAAACAGUAUUCAUGCUGCUAAGCAACUGGAUAUGCAGAACAGUCGGGUGUAUGAAACAGAACACACAUGUGAGCCGGAAGUGCUUAACAGCUUAGAAGAGACUUACAGUCCCUUCUUCAGAAACAACUCAGAAAAAAUGAUGAUUGAGGAAGAAAAUUUUAGAAAGAGAAAGUUACCUGUGGUAAGUUCAGUUGUUAAAGUAAAAAAAUUUAAUCACGAUGGAGAAGAGGAGGAGGAAGAUGACGAUUAUGGCUCCCGCACAGGAAGUGUGUCUAGCAGCGUGUCAGUGCCAGCAAAACCUGAGAGGAGACCUUCUCUUCCACCUUCUAAACAAGCUAAUAAGAAUCUGAUUUUGAAGGCUAUAUCUGAAGCUCAAGAAUCUGUAACGAAAACAACCAACUAUUCUGCAGUUCCACAGAAACAGACACUUCCAGUUGCUCCUAGAACGCGAACAUCUCAAGAGGAAUUGCUAGCAGAAGUGGUCCAGGGGCAAAGCAGGACCUCCAGAGUUAGUCCCCCUAUUAAAGAAGAGGAAACAAAAGGAGAUAAUGCAGAAAAAAAUCAAGGUGCUCAGCAGAGGCAGUUGUUAUCCCGACUGCAAAUUGACCCAGUCAUGGCAGAAACGCUGCAGAGUCAAGAUUACUAUGACAUGGAAUCCAUGGUCCAUGCAGACACAAGAUCAUUUAUUCUGAAGAAGCCAAAGCUGUCUGAGGAAAUAGUAGUGGCACCAAACCAAGAGUCGGGGAUGAAGACUGCAGAUACCCUUCGGGUACUUUCAGGACACCUUAUGCAGACACGAGAUCUUGUACAACCAGAUAAACCUGCAAGUCCCAAGUUUAUAGUGACGCUGGAUGGUGUCCCCAGCCCCCCAGGAUACAUGUCAGAUCAAGAGGAGGACAUGUGCUUUGAAGGAGUGAAACCUGUAAACCAAACUGCAGCCUCAAACAAGGGACUCAGAGGUCUCCUCCACCCACAGCAGCUGCAGUUGAUGCAGAGGCAGCUUGGUGACCCAGAUGGUAGCUUUUCCUACGUGGAGAUGAGUGAACUGAAUGUGGCACAGAAGCCAGAGAAGCUUUUGGAGCGCUGCAAGUACUGGCCUGCGUGUAAAAACGGAGACGAGUGCGCAUACCACCAUCCCGUUUCACCUUGCAAAGCCUUCCCCAAUUGUAAAUUUGCUGAAAAAUGUUUGUUUGUUCAUCCAAAUUGUAAAUACGAUGCAAAGUGUACUAAACCUGAUUGUCCCUUCACUCACAUCAAUAGAAGAAUUCCAGUGCUGCCUCCAAAACCAGCAGUUACAACAACGGCAUCUCCUUCUACCAGUCAGCUCUGCCGUUACUUCCCAGCUUGUAAGAAAAUGGAAUGUCCUUUCUAUCAUCCAAAACACUGUAGAUUCAACACUCAGUGUACGAGACCAGACUGCACAUUUUAUCAUCCCACCAUCACUGUGCCACCGAGACACGCCUUGAAGUGGAUCCGACCUCAGACCAGUGAAUGAUCCCCAGUCCUACCUGGCAGAAGAUCAUGCAGUUUGAAAGGUUCUUCCUACUGAUGAAAGAUAAUCUACAGAACUUGUCAAAUCUUUGAAACUUGGAAUACAUUGCUUUCAUAAUAUGAACUUUAUUGCCUAUCUGAAGUGUCUAAUUUUUCAAGUUUGUAAGUUUAUUAUUAAGCGGUUUAACUUGGGGUGUUUUCUUUUGUUAUUUUGUUUUUGGUAUGAGAAGGGUUGAAAGGAAUGGCUGCCUCCAGGCUGUCUGUGCCCGCUGUGUCAGCAUCCGCAGGGAGGCAGUGCUGUCCCUGUGCAUGGAGCGCGGUCCAGGGCUGCACUGCUGAGCGGGGCAGAGUCACUGCCACGGUUGAUGCUGCUCUCACUUCUCCCAGAUCUACCAUGAAAACGGCAACGACUGAAAAUAUUGAGGGGUUUUAAAUAGUUAUUCAGAUUGUGCUUUUAAAAUUUUAAAUGAACUUAGUUUGAAAAGCAUGUCACAGGCAUUUCAAUUUGAGUGCCACUUGGGUAAAAUUGUCUUUCAGUUCUGUGCCUUCUGUGAAGGGAGCUAGGUGGCGUGCGGUGAUAAGUGGAAAAAUAUGAACAAUUCCUCAAAAUGCUUUCAUUCACUGUUAACAUACACUUUUUAAAUUUGGGGAGAACUACAUUAUCACAAAAUUAUACAAAAUUUUUUACAAGUAUAUACAUAAGAUAUCAGAAAACAGACUUUAAAUUUACAAGAUUAUAAAUAUACAUAUAUAUUCCCACAUUCUGAAAAAUAACAUUCUCAGAAAUAACUCCACAGAAAAUAUACUUAGCUACUACUGAAGAUAAUUUUUGGAAAGUUAAAACUAGAUUUUAGUAUAUUUUAAAUGGCAGAACUAUAUAAUUACAGAUCAGAAUUGGUAAACUGCAGAAUAGAACAAAACUUGGCCUACUGUAUUACGUAGUUUUGUGUGUUUUUAAAAGUGUUAAGGCAAGAAGUGUGAAAUGCUGUAGACUUAAAUAACAGAUUUCAAAGACUAUAUAUAUACUAAGUAUUUAAAAAUCAAAGGUUAAAAGGUGGUUAGUAAAGAGUAAUACAAAAGGGAUAAUAAAGACUCGAACAUUUUUCAGGACCAAAUUAAUUGUAACAGAAAAUUCAUUUCCUUGUUUAGUUAUACACCCAAAGGAUGGAUAAUAAACCCUAAUCUGAAAGUCCAUGUUUACGAUUGUAAA